CAAAAUUUGUGAGGUGAGAUCGCGUGUGAAUUGUUAAAAUAAUGUUGUGAAGCAAAAAAAUAAAAUAAAAAAUUUGCACGAUACAAGAUUUGGUUCAUGGUCCCUCAAUUUUGCUAAUUAUGAUUCCCUUGGAGUUACAAAAUUUUAGAACAAACAUGAUGAAUGUCAUCCAAAACCUCAUCAAUGCCCCGCUUUCUCCACCAAAUUUCGCUUUUGUGGUCACCGUACAAAACACUGAGUCUCAUGAAAAGGAAUUAAGGGAUGACUCAAGCGUCGAAUCACAUGUUGAGGAUGUUAUGGACAAUAGGCCUGAACUCAUGAAUGAAGAUGACGCGAGGUCCAAUGUCGUUGAAAAUAAUAACGAGCUUGCCCUUCUAGAAGCUCCGUAUACCUCUUUUGCAAAGGAUGCCACAUCAGCUGCCGUGGAAGCAGGGCGCUAUAACUACAUAAUCAUCGGAGGUGGAACCGCCGGCUGUGCACUGGCGGCGACGCUAUCCUCUGCCGCAAAAGUACUCCUCCUCGAGCGUGGCGGGCUGCCGUACGACAACCAGAACGUGACGCACAUAAGCGGCUUCGCGCCAACGCUGACGGACGCCUCCCCCACCUCCGCCUCCCAGCUAUUCGUUUCCACGGACGGCGUGAUCCUCCACCGCGGCCGCGUCCUCGGGGGGAGCUCGGCGAUCAACGCCGGGUUCUUCACCCGCGCGAGCAACGAGGACGUGGCCGAGGCGGGGUGGGACCCGCACAUGGUCAACGAGUCGUACGUGUGGGCGGAGAGGAAGGUGGCGUUCCGGCCGGAUGUGGUGGGGUGGCAGGCGGCGGUGAAAGACGGGCUUCUGGAAGCCGGAGUUCGUCCGUACAACGGAUGGACAAACGAGCAUUUGCACGGGACGAAAAUCGGGAGUUCAAUAUUCGAUGAGAGCGGGUACAGACACACCGCCGCAGACUUGUUAGAGUAUGCCGACGAGACUAAGAUCACUCUCUAUUUGCAUGCUGUGGCCCACCAGAUCUUGUUUGAGAGGCCGUCAUUGGGCCAAAAGCCCAGAGCGUACGGGGUUUUCUUCAGGGACUCGAGAGGAGUCGGACACACGGCCUUCUUGAACGGAGGGCCCAAUGACGAGAUCAUUCUCUCGGCGGGUGCGAUUGGAAGCCCGCAACUGUUGAUGUUGAGCGGCAUUGGGCCGUCGGAUCAUCUCAAAGCCCAUGGGAUAGAUGUAAUACUGGACCAACAAAUGGUGGGCCAAGGGAUGUCCGACAACCCCAUGAAUGGGAUCGUUGUCCCUUCCGUGAGGCCAGUGGAGACCUCACUUGUCCAAGUGGUGGGCAUAACUGACUUUGGAAGUUAUAUUGAAGCAGGGAGUGGCAUGUACUUAAGCCCAAAAGCCCUUCAAGCCUUGAACCAAGCCUUUUUCCAAGACACAAAGCUUCAAGCUGGGAACCUCUUUGAGAAGGUGAAGGGGCCUUUCUCCCAAGGGCAUCUCGAAUUGGAAAGUAAAGACCCUAAUGAGAACCCAAGAGUUACCUUUAACUACUUCAAGGACUCGAGGGACCUCGAGAGGUGUGUCCAAGGAAUGGAAGUCAUCAGAAAGGUCGUCGAGUCUGAGCCUGUUUCGGCGUUCAAAUAUCCCUUCACCACUUUCGAAUCCCUCUUGGACUUGAUGGUCGCGAUUCCGGUCAACCUGAGGCCAAAACUGUUCACGUCUGCAACUGGUUCGUUGGAGCAGUUUUGUAUCGAUACCGUCACGACCAUAUGGCAUUACCACGGUGGGUGUCAGGUGGACAGAGUUGUCGAUCGCGACUAUAAGGUUAUCGGCGUCGAUGCUUUGCGGGUCAUUGAUGGCUCCACGCUAUUGAACUCGCCCGGGACAAAUCCUCAGGCCACUCUCAUGAUGCUUGGAAGGUAUAUGGGACAGAAAAUUUUACAACAAAGAGCACGCCAAUAAAAUGAGAAAUCGCAUGCCACUUCACUUGAAAUUUUCAGGUCAUACAUCAUUGAUGCAGGAGAAAUGGUAUUCCACUAAUACUUGAGCUUAUGCAUAUAUAUAUAGCUAAGUUGAUGUUUCUAGCUAUAUAUAUCUGAAUAAUUGCAACAUUUGGUUUGACAACUAUGUAUUUCUAUUCAAUUUUAUAGAGUAUAUAUAGCUUCUAAGUCAUUUUUAUUUGAAGUAAUAUUUAUGAAAUAAAUGUGAGUCCAGAUGGUAGAACUGACUAACUUCUAUUUCUCAUAUCGUUCAUUAUUAGUGUGACAAAGUGUGAACAAUGAACAAUUAUGAUUCAG